AUGAACUUUUUAAGAUAAGCUGAUUUUUUUGGAAUUCCUUUUGUUCAAUAAAUAGAUUUGAAGUAAUCUAUAUAUAAAAGUGCAUUUGGAGGAUUUGUUACUUUACUUAUAUUUUCUGCUAGUGUAGCUUAUUCCAUUUGGAUUCUUUAUCUAUGGUAAAUUAAUUAACUAAGUCCUAAAAUUUCAAAUUCAAUCUAUACAUCAGAUUUUAAGUUACUUGAUAUGAAUUAUGAUAUCAUCAAAUUAUAUUUUUGGAAAUUUGAUGAAGAAAUGAUUGAUCCAUUUGAGGAAAAAAUUUUAUUACCUUUGGUGAUGUAUACAACAAACUUCAGUUUCACAUAAUUAGAAACAUUAGAAAUGUCAAAUGAAACUUCGAUUGAUGGUAAAAGUAAGUUUAUAAUACCUAAAAUGGGUUUAGCUUUUUAGGAAUUUAAUGGAGAAAUAUAUACAACAACAGAAAUGUAUAUUUAGAUUGUUAAAUGUUCAGAUAUAUAUUUAAAACCUAAUGAAAAAUGUGCCUCUCAAGAAAUAAUAGAUAAGUUUUAUAAUUAAUCCUUAAACAUUGUGGUUAUGUAAAUUCAUUAUAAAUCAUUGGAUUCUAAGGAUGGUUCUGAAUAAGCUAGUUUACAAGAAUUUUAUAUACAAUUAGAAUAAUAAAAUUGUUAUACAUUAAAUACAUUUUUAUAAAGUAGUUUUUACGAAAUUAGAGAUUCAUUCCUAUUUGGUUCCCCAAGAUAUGUUGAAUACAUUAAUGGGGCUUUAAUUUAACCAUAAACUAAUUCUAAUGAAUAUUGUAAGCUUGCUUAUGAGAAUGAUGUUUUAGGAUUAAUUUAUAUUAUAAUGAAAGGAAAUCAAGUCAAAAUGAUAUUUGAAUAUCCUCAUGCUGGAGAUUUAUUAGCUAAUAUAGGAUCUAUAGUAUCUGUUUUAUUUAUGAUAAAAUAUUUAAUCAUAGUAAUAAAUUAGUAUUUUUUGAAUUAAACUAUAAUUAAUUAGUUGAUUGAACUCUAUUAUCCAGAAUAUAAGCAUAUUACAAUUUAGAAAAAUUGGAAAAGAUAAAUUAAAUAAGUCAAAUAUUAAAAUAACUAAAUAGAUCUUAAAGAAUUUAUAUCUUUUUAUUAAAAAAUACAUGAUUAAAUGAGGUCAAAAUUUAGUUUUAUAAAUCUAUUAUAUGAGAUAUCUAGAAUUCAAUUCAUUAUAAGAUCAACAAAAAGUAGAGAUGAAUUUAGAAAAUCUCAUUAAAUUGGCAUUAAAUUAAGUUUUUCAAAUGAAAAAGAUUUAAAUUUUUCAGCUGUUAAAUCAAGUUUUACGUAGCGACCUUUUUCAAAUUAACUUUAUUUGAUUGAUGAAGAAGUAGAUAUAUUAUCUCUCACAGAACGUUUAAGAGAAAAAAAUGAUUAUAAAAUUCCAGACGAAUUAUAAGAAUAAAAUGAUUUCUAUGAAAUAAAUAAAAUAACUUGA